AUGCCCGAAGCUGAUGACUGGUGGCUAGCAACUCUUCAGAGAUUAGAAGCUGCAGGUGAGGAGAUCAAUUGGGCUGUAUUCCGAAGAGAUUUUCUGAGGAAGUAUUAUCAUGAGAGUGUUCGGGGUAAGAAAGAAUUUGAGUUCCUCGAACUGAAACAGGGGAACAUGUCAUUGACUGAUUAUGCUACGAAGUUCACUGAAUUGGCCAAAUUUUAUCCAUAUUUUGAUGGGGAGGGUGUAGAAUUUUCCAAGUGCAUCAAGUUUGAGAACGGAUUGCGCUCUGAAAUCAAGAAGGUUAUAUGGUAUCAACAGAUCCGCAUUUUUCCUAACUUGGUAGACAGCUGCAGAAUUUUCGAGGAAGAUAAUGUUGCUCACUAUAAGAUUGUCAGUGACAGAAGGGGCAAGCAGAAUCAGCAACGUGGCAAGCCUUAUGACUCUCCAGCUGGCAAUUGCAAACAGAGGGCUGCUCUGGGCCAGAGAAAAAGUGGGGGAGAUGUUCCUGCUCCGACUGUGUGUUUUAAGUGA